CUUUGAUGCCGUGAAUUUGACAUUUCAUGUGAAGUGCAAGCUGAAUGCUUAAAUAUUAAUCAAGUGAUAAUAACAGAAGAACGUGUUCUUUUCCAUAAUCUAUAAAGAAUAAUCACCGAGGGUGAAUAUAAGAUUGAUCUUACGAUGGGUGGUAGCGAAAGUACAAGUAGAAAGGUUUCUUUUGGUUUGGACGAAGAUGACAGGGUCAGGGUACUUCAUGGAAUCAAGCUGUCUGAAGAUGUUGUGAAACGCAUGAAAGAAUCUUCAGGGCAGUCAAAGCCUUCCUUUUCAGAUCAUGGGUCCUCUCACAGAGAAACUGGUAGCUCCCCUAGCUCCACAGGUCCUAAACCUCCAUCUGAAGAGAGCUCAGGGAAAAAGAUUACCGAAAGAGAGGAGGAACUGUACAAAAGGUACGAACGAGAACAGGCUCUGGUACAGGAAGAGUUGGCCAGGAUUGCAAAGAGGGAGCGGGUGGCAGGGCAAGAAAGUCUGACCCUGGCUGUUAUGCGGGAAAGAGCCCAGGCCAUCGAGGAGAAGCAGAAAACCAAAGUGAUGCCUGCAGAUUUGGAUGCUUGGGCGAAACAGCUGGAGAGAAAAGAAGCUGAUCUAAAACAUCUGGACGCCUUUUAUAAAGAGCAGCUGGCACACCUGGAGAAGAAGAACAUUGAGUACUACAAGCUGACGUCUGAACAGUUCCAUGAAGCAGCAACGCAGGCAGAAGCCCAUGUGAAAAAGAGGAACCUGGAGCCUGUGUGUUCCAACCUGCAGUUGGAGAUUCUGCGAUGUUACCGGGAGCAUCAGCAUGAGACCUUGAACUGCUCCGACCUGGCUAGGGAGUACAAGCAGUGCAUCAAUGCAGCCAAAAAGAACCUGAUGGUGAAUCACGGAUGAAAACCUCCAGGAAUGGAGACUCAAACCUGGGGUCCAUACAUCGGGAGCGACUUUAACCUGACUGGAAACCAUCUACAGUAAUAGUUAUACUGAUUUGUAUUGCAAGAAGGAGUAGUUGGUUAUUUAUAGAAUGGGGACAACUGCCUUUUUUAUUAUUAUUUCAUUGUAUGCUUUAGCUUUAUAAUUUAAAGAUGCACUAUGCCCUUUGGGUUCAAAAUAAUCCCUCCAUAUUUAAAUAAAGUCAAUUCUGAACCGAUCAGUAAAUACAAGAGUACCUUUUUGGUUCACAAUUUACUCAAAUACAAAAACUAUUGUGCAGCAGGUAUGAAAACAGUAAAAGUAAUGUCUGCUAUCAAUUCCAGGCGAGUCACGUUUAUUUUAACUGCUGGCUUUCAAAUACUUGAUGACAUUAAAAAGAAAGACGAUUCAAAUGUCAGUUCCCUUACCAUGCCAGAGUGUUUGCAUUCAUUCUGAGUGGUUCUGGGUUCAAUAUUGAAAUGAUAGCAAAACACAUAAUAUAGUAAGGCAAAUUUUAGAGAAAGCAAUUGAAAUGGCAUUACUUAUGACUUACUCUUUAGCAUUUAGGGUACCACAGUCAUACCAACAUAGGUGCAAAGCAUAUACAGUUUGUGUAAUUCUAAAUGAUUCAUCAAAUAAUUAAGCCAAAGGACUAAACUUCCCAUUUCCCUUGAAGAGCUAAAUGUAUCUGUAAAAAACAUGGUGCCUGACCUGAAUGUGUGUGUACUGUCAUACAGUAAAGACAUUGUUUGCUGCAGUGUAACAUGUAAAAUAUACUUGAAGUGUUAUGUUGUUUGAUUGAUUGUUAUUAAAUUAAAAAUAUGCAGAUAGCAGUGAAAAUCCGGUUAAUUAAUUCCCUUUUUGAGAAGAACUGACAUUUAUGUGUGGGGUGAGUGUUGAGUUGGCUCAUGUUAGACAAAUAGAUACCCUUAUUACCUACUAACCUCUCAGGAUUGCUGACUUUGUGGAAAAAUAAAAAUAUAUUG